AAUCAAUAUCAAGUUCUUACAUUUUAUACACAGACCCUUUCCUCCCUCUCCAUAGUUUUCCCUAGCUGUAUCCUCAACUUAAGCAGGACCAAUGGAUGUGUCCCAUUCGAUCAGGGAGCGCACUAUAGCAGAGAACAGCCUAGUGAUCCUUCUCCAGGGGCUUCAGGGGGAGGUGACCACCGUUGACCUGAGGGAUGAGAGCACGGCGAGGGGACGUGUGAUCAACGUGGACGCCUUCAUGAACGUGCGUCUGGAGGAGGUGAAUGAUUGGUUGAUUUUUGGGUGCUGUACCGGGACCGCCGCGGCCGGCUCAGUCAGCUGGCCGAUCUGUUUAUCACGGCCAGGAACGUGCGCUACGUCCACAUCCCCGACCACGUGGACAUCAUGGAGACCAUACAGACCCAGCUGACCAGGAUCAGACGCGUUCGCAACUUUGCCGGCGAGAAAGGGGGCAGGAAGGAGUACCUAAAGAAAAAGAACUGAACUUGGAAGGGUGGAGGACGUUGUAUUGGCCCCAAGGGGCUGAACUUUUCUGACCUGAGUUUCAGCUCCUUGUCACUCAUGGUCAUCCCAAACGUGUGGCUUGACAAUGAGCAAUGGAGUUGGAAAGAGCACAAACAGAUCUGGGACCAGGCUAUACUGAAUUUAUUAAAUAAUUGAACUUGAAGAGUGGUAUUCUCAUCCACCAGUUGGCUUUCUCUCUGUCUGUAUGUGGUUGGCUAGCAAUUGAACCAGGGGACAAGGUUAGAAGGGGGGAGGUUGUGUUGCUCCAAGGAGCCUUCCAUCGCCACUCAUUUCAAAUUGUGCAAUUUCUCCUUGUUUCAUUAAUGAAAUUGUGACUCCAGAAGAGAAGAAUAUGAAUUUGAAUUGAUUCUCACAAGUUACAGGUGUCAUCCUUGAGUCUUUAUGUUCAUAAUGCUUUAACAUUAUAACUCACAGAGGGUGACAGGUUCUCCUCUUAUCCAAGGAAAAAAAACAACUAAAGUUUAAGAAUGUCAAUAGUUGGCAUUGUAAAGACUUUUCUUUGGUAAAUAAAGACUAUUCUUUUGGAUG